AUGAUUCAGCCCAAGACUCUGACGGCGGGGAUAACGGAGCGGGUGUUCCUGACUCCCGAGCCGACCUCGCUCGUCCUGCUCCUGGCCACUCUCGUCCUGAUGCUGCGGUACCUGACGGGCCGCUCCCCCGGCAGGCUGCCCCCCGUCUUGCCCAACGCCUGGCCCAUCCUGGGCCACUUGCCCUCAUUAGGACUCAGGGCAGACCUUGGCUUUCAGAGGUUGGGAAAGAAGCACGGGGACAUCUUCCAAGCCCAGCUCGGCACGAGGAACGUCGUGGUUCUGAACAGCUACCAGGCACUGAAGGACGGCUACAUCGACGGUGGCGACGCCUACAACGACAGGCCUGACUUCUACGCAUAUCAGCUUUUCUCUGACGGUGGGAAAGGUGGGUAG